UUGUCAAGUAUGAUUUCCUGUUGGAUAGUGGGAGGCCGAGUUGUUUGGCAGGGGAAAACAUUAAAAAAAUAAAUGCAUGAACCUAGAUCGCAAAGUCCUUCAUCCAGAGGCGCUGAUCGCAUGGCAUUUAUUUGCGUCUUAAUGACUCUGUCAACAGACUUCCAGUGAAAAGCUCGCCCUCCCGUCUGCAUGAGCCUCCAGCAAGCCUCCACCAUGAACAAGCAGCAGAGCAAAGAGUCCCUGAAGGACAAGGUGAAGGGGAUGUUCGGCCUGGGGCCCUCCCGGCCGCCCAGCAAGCAGGCCGAGAGCAAGCCCUCCGAGCUGAUCAUCACCAACGAGAUCCUGAAGGAGCUGGGGCCCGACUGCGCGCUGCCCAACAGGAUCCGCAUCAUCGGCCACGUCUGCGAGCUCGCCAGGGCCAAGAAGCUGGAGGAGAACGCGGUGGAGGCGCUGUGGACCGCGGUGGAGGACAUGCUGCAGCCAGAGCAGCCGGCCGAGGCUCGACACGCCGUGCUGCAGCUGCUGCGGGCCAUCAUCCAGGGACAGGGCGAUAGACUGGGGCCGCUGCGGGCCUACUUCUUCAAGGUCGUUAGGGACUACCACCCCUGCAACGAGUACCUGCCGGACAGGCUGGAGGUGUUCAAGGCCCUGACGGAGAACGGGAAGGACAUCACCUACUUGGAGGAGGACAUCGCCUGUUUCGUGGUCCUCUGGAUGGACGUGGGCCUGACUGCAGACUUCCUCCACGUCCUGGUCAACCUGGUCAAGUUCAACAGCUGCUACCUGGACCAGAACGUCUCGCACAUGGUCCAGAAAAUAUGUCUGCUGUGCAACCGGACCACAUCUUCCACAGACAUCGAGGUGGCGCUGCAGGUGCUGGACGCAGUGGUGUGCUACAACUGCCUGCCCUCGGACUCGCUGUCCGUGUUCAUCAGCACGCUCUGCCGCACCGUCAACGUCAAGGAGUUCUGCGAGUCCUGCUGGAAGCUGAUGAGGAAGGUUCUGGGGACUCACCUGGGACACAGCGCCAUCUACACCAUGUGCCGCAUCAUGGAGGACAGGGCCUACACGGAGGACGCCGCCCUGCUACGUGGUGCCGUGUUCUUCGUGGGGAUGGCCCUAUGGGGGGCACACCGGCUCUCCGCCCUAAAAAACACCCCCACCCUGGUACUGCCCUCCUUCUACAAGGCGAUGACCUGUCCCAACGAGGUGGUGUCCUACGAGAUCGUGCUCUCCAUCACCCGGCUCAUCAAGAAGUACGGCAAGGAGCUGCAGGUGGUCACCUGGGACAUCCUGCUCAAGAUCAUCGAGAGGCUCCUCCAGCAGAUACAGACGAUCGGGAGUCAGGAGCUGAAGAUGAUCGUGCACGAGCUGCUGACCACGGUGGAGGAGCUGUACGAACAGAACGGUUACCACGGGUCCUCCGACCACUUCUUCAGCCUCAUAGAGAAGUGCUCUGACAAGAGACCAGAGUCCUCUGUGCUGACGCUGAUCUCGUACCGGGCUCAGUCCAUCCAACCCGCCAAAGACGGCUGGAUCCAGAACCUUCACAAGCUCAUGGAGAAGUUCUUCAGGAACGAGAGCCGCAGUGCCAUCCGGGUGAAGGUGCUGGACGUGCUGUCCUUCGUCCUCAGCACCAACCGCCAGCUCUACGAGGAGGAGCUGAUCGAGGUGGUGGUGAUCCCUCAGCUCAGUCAGAUAGCGGAGGACCGGGACCUCCCGGUGCGUAGGCUGGCCACCCAGCUGCUGGUGGACCUGGCAGAGGGCUGCUCCACGCACCACUUCAACAGCCUGCUGGACAUCAUCGAGAGGGUGGCCAGCCGUUCCCUGGCCUGCUCCGGGUCGUUUGAGGGGGAGAGGGAGCUGUCGACUGAGUCCCCUAUGGAGGACGUGAAGACGGCCGUCCUGGGCCUUCUGGAGAUCCUGCAGAGUAAGCUGUACAGCGUGCCGGUGGGUCAUGUGACCCGUGUGUAUGAGCUGCUGGUGGGGCACCUGCAGCUGCACUACAAGAACAAGUACUGCUCCGGCGUGGCCAGCAGCGUGCGCCUGCAGGUCUUUGACUUCCUGCUGCAGAUGCGUGCCGACUCGCUCCACCGGCUGGGGGUCCCCAACAAGGACGGGGGUCUGCGCUUCAGCCCCUACUGCCUGUGUGACCUGGGGGAGACGGAGAAGAGGGCGAGCGAGAAGAAGCCGGCCGGCACGGUGUCCCCCCGCGGCAGCCCGGCCCCCCCCACCCCGGCCCCCUCCAUCCGCACGGCCCACCUGCCCUACUCUCUCAGCUUCACCGUGCUGCUGCAGUGCCUCAAGCUGGAGACGGACUGGAAGGUUCUGAAGCUGGUUCUGGAUAAGAUGCCGGCGAUGCUGCGGUACAAAGUGCUGGUUCUCACCUCCCCCUGCAGCACCGACCAGCUGUGCUCCACCCUCUGCACCAUGGUGACAGACAGGCAGAUCUCGUUUAACCAGUAUGUGUCCCUGGCUCAUCUGAUUGCCAUGUGGUUCAUCCGCUGCCGUCUGACCUUCCGGAAGGAUUUUGUGCAGUACAUCACCAAGGGUCUGCGGUCCAACGCUCUGCUGCCGUUUGACGACUCUCACGAGCAGAGCAGCUUCCGCGCUCGCAGUACCAGCCUGAACGAGAGGCCCAAGAGCCUCCGAACGGCCAAAGUUGCGAAGCAGGCCCCGAGUAGCAGCUCCCCCGUUAAAGAGCUGAAAGAUCUCUCGGCCAUGGACGCCUUCCGCUCCCGGAGCAUCAGCGUCUCUGAGCACGCGGCGCGCAGGAUGCACACCUCCAUCACCACCAGCAGCCUGGGCUCUGCGGACGAGAACGCGGUGGCGCAGGCGGACGACGGGCUGAAGACCGUCCACCUGGAGCUGACCGAGACCUGCCUGGACAUGAUGGCCCGCUACGUCUUCUCCAACUUCUCCGCCCUGCCCAAGAGGUCUCCCAUCGCAGAGUUCCUAUUGGCCGGGGGGCGGAGCAUGACCUGGCUGGUGGGCAACAAGCUGGUUACCAUAACGACGAGCGCCGGGGCGCGCACGCAGGCCCUGCUGGGACUGGACAUGGUGGAGCGACACGGCGCUGGGGAGAUGACCAGGUCCGACCCCUCCCUCCACACCAGGCAGACCAAAGAGGCCCCCGCCAAGCUGGAGUCACAGAGUGGCCAGAGCAAGGCUACACGCACCCGGGUGCGCUCCAUAUCAGGUGGGCACGCCCUCUCCGCAGGCCCCGCCCACAGCCUGAGCCCGUUGGUGUCGCCCUCGGAGAGCGAGUUCUGCGGGCCCCUGGCGUCCCCCGGGGCCCCCCUGGACGGGCUGGGGUCCCUGCGGGGGGAGGACCCGGCCCUCACGUCCCCCCCGCAGAAGGACAGGUCCAGCCUGGCGGAGUUUGUGCCCAUGCUCACACAGGGCUGGGCUGAGAUCUUCAUCCGCCGGCCCUCCGGUAACACCAGCUGGCUCAUGUGCCUGGAGAACCCGCCCAGCCCCUUCUCCUCCGAGCUGGACAGCCUGCCCCUGCAGGAGCUCUCCAGCGUCCUGAUGGCCAUGGAGCGGGCCAAGGAGCCACGCUCCCCCCUGGCCCCGGCCGGGCCCCGGGGCCACAAGCCCUCCCUCAUCCAGCGCUCCAACACAGUGGGGUCUCUCUCCUCUCUCGCCCUGUGCGAGCCUCCUGGCAGGUUGUACAGGAGUAUUUCCUGGGCAGACUCAGUGGUGGUGUUGGAGGAGGGCGCGCGCGGCAGGGGGGCGGAGUCUCCCUCUGAGUCGCCCGAGACGGAGGAGUUUGAAGCCAUGCCCUCCGAGCCCAUCUUCAUCAGCUCCGACUCCGCCAGCAAGACCCCGCUCACCCCCUACACCCCCCACACCCCCUACAGCCGCUGCUCCUCCAGCUCCAGUCAGGAGGAGGAGAGGUCCACCCUGGAGGAGGUGAGCGAGGGGGCCAUCCCCAUCGACCCGGCCCCGCCCGCCCUCCCCACGCCGGGCUCCCAGGACGCCGAGCUGUCCUUCCAGCCCAGCCCCACGCUCAACAAGUCCAGCUCGUCCCCGGAGCUCCAGACCCUGCAGGAGGGCUUCGCCGAGGCCCCGGGGCCCGCUCAGGGGCCGGGGGCCGGCGACGGCAAGCCGCACGCGGAGGAGCGCGAGGAGCGCGAGGAGCGCGAGGGAGCGGCGCUGAACGGGCAGGUGGAGGGUGGAGUGGGAGGAGGACCAGGGGGACUGAGAGCCACGGCGGUGGCGGCCGCGGCCGCCUCGGCCUCCAGGAUGAAGCUGGAGUUCCCCGCCCCGCAGCCCGGGCCCCUCUCGCCCAGCGGGCACCGCCCGCGCGGACACACCAUCUCCGUCUCCGCCCCCUCCCGCCGCGAGCGGAAGAUGGAGCGCGACCCCUACCAGGGCCGCAGCGUCACCUCCAACUCGGAGAAGGCCUCCGGCCUCAGCCCCAGCUUCGUCUUCCUCCAGCUGUACCACUCUCCGUUCUUCGGCAACGAGGCCAACAAACCACUGCUGCUGCCCAAGUCCCAGUUGAUUGACAGGGCCGUGAAGGUCCUGGAUCAGAUGCCUCCUUACGACACUCACAAGAUAGGCGUGGUGUUCGUGGGCGCGGGACAGGUGAACAAUGAAGUGUCGAUCCUGUCCAACGAGUACGGCUCGAACCGCUACGCCCAGUUCCUGACGGGCCUGGGGAAGCUGAUCCACCUGAAGGACUGCGACCCCGACCAGAUCUUCCUGGGGGGGCUGGACCAGUACGGGGACGACGGAGAGUUCACCUACUGCUGGCACGAUGACAUCAUGCAGGCCAUUUUCCACAUCGCCACGCUCAUGCCCAACCGCGAGUCGGACAAGGGCUGCUGCAACAAGAAGAGGCACAUCGGCAACGACUUUGUCAUCGUGGUCUACAACGACUCCGGGGAGGACUACAAACUGGGCACCAUCAAGGGUCAGUUUAAUUUUGUGGAGGUGGUGAUCAAACCUCUGGAUUACCAGAGCAACCUGGUCACUCUGCAGUGUCGCAAAGAUCUGGAGGGGCUCGUGGACACCAGCGUGGACAAGAUCGUUUCAGACCGGAACCUUCCGUUGCUGGUGCGCCAAAUGGCGCUGCACGCCAACAUGGCGUCUCUCGUGCAUCAGAGCAGGUCCAAUCCCUCCGACGCCUACGCCUCCAAAUGGCUGGCAAGGCUGCGGCACAUCAAGAGAAUCAGAACCCGGGCUCAGGAGGAGGUGCAGUCGCGCCCCACCCCGGGGAUCUCCCUGACCCAGUCGCACGGGCCGCUGCAGAGUAAGUCCUCCUACCAGCAGGGCGGCGCCAGCUCCAACCCGGACUCCGGCCAGAGGAAGAGGCUCGUCUCCACUGUGGACGACUUUACUGACUUUGUCUGACCGCCUCCCUCCCCAUUCGCCGAGGGGGCCUUCUGUCAGUGACCUGCUCGGCCUAUCACGGGGGCCGGGGCCAAGGGGGUGGGGGGGUGGGAGUUAUCAAACGUCUUUCUUCUUUUUUUUUUUUGCCUUUUUUAAAUGCUCACUUUUAUCACCCUUUUCUUGACAGUGUUCCACAUUGGCAAAUUUUCUCUCCGCUCUCUGCUCGCGUUUCUCAUCCGCACACGCACACGCACAAACACACACACACACACACACCCGUCACUGGUGUGUCCCCCUCGCCCGUGCUGCAUGUCAGUGCUGCUCUCACUGUGAUGCAGUGUGUGCUACACUGCUACUUCAAGCACUUAACUCCGGGCUAUUCUCUGUGGCCCCCAUUUCUCCCAGCUGGUUGGCCCCCGCUCGUUAGCGUGAAGAGCGCAGUUCUGUACUGUGCGCGGUGGAAGAGGGCCGGGCUGUACCCGCCCCUCCCUCUUCUGAGCGAACUCCGGCGUCGCAUGCAAGUUUUUAAUCGAUUCCCCGAACUAGCGCCAGCGACAGAGAUGAACAUCAUCUGUCAUUUCACAAGGAAUCACACACACACACACACACGCAUAACAUUGCCACGGCAUUGCGGCUACAUUGUGAGAAUGUUUCGUAUUGGCUGGGUUCUUAAGAUAGUCUCCCGGCUGAGAAUGACUGAAAUGAAAUGAACUGUAAGACCAGGCAGGGAGGGGUGAAAAUAAACACUAAACGAGAGACACGCGUGUCUGCGUGUGUGCAGGCCUGUGUAUGAAAUAAAACAUCCGAAUGAAUAAAA